UCGUUGAAGUUUGGAAUGUUCUCUUUUUACAACCAAAGCAAUAUGCCAUUGGCUUCUAUGAUAGCAGUGUGCCCUUAUUUCGAUUGUAGACUGCAGACCAUAGCAUUUGAAGCUCAAGUCCGUAUUUUGUUGAUUGAAAGCGUGCAAGCUGAUAUCAUGAAGCCACUUAGAGGAGGCUAUAUAUUUUCUUUCUGGAUUGCUUUUUUUUUUAAUCUUUACAGCACCAAAUGAGGUACGUAUUCCUACCCCUACUCUACUUUUGUCCAGCAAUUGGUGUUUUUUUUUUCUUUAUUCGUAUUGUAGGGUCAUCCAAUACUUUAUACUUCUUUUUCUCUGUAUUAUAAAACCUAAAGAUGGAAGAAAAGGAAGUCUAUGGGUGAAGAAAAGGGUAGCCUUUAUAUGUUUAACUGCCUACCGCAACACAACUUGUGAAGAGAUGUUGAUAAUUUGAACUUGUGAAGAAAAGGGAAUAUGUCUUGGUUUGGUUGGGGUUUUGCCAUUUUGGAAGCUGAGGGUGAGGGAUAGCAUUAGCAAAGCCCUUCAUAUUCCUAACAAGCCUUGAAAGGUUGCCCUCUAUGACUAGAGGAUGGUCAUUAUGGUUAAUUCAUGACAAAACAGUUCCCUCGAUGAGCUGAUUUAUGACUAUGCUAGUCAAUGAGACAUACAUGUUUACUGGUUAGCUCCUGGAUCUGUGGGGUUCAAAUCUUAGAUUUGUUGAAUGCCGGUUCUUAACCGUGAUUGAAUGAAUUGGUCACAUAGGAACGGAACUGGAUGUAGGGUCAUCAACAUCUGUCAACAUAAGUAAUAAUCUUCCCAUCCUGAAGACAUUUCAAUCUUCAAAAGGGUUAUAUGACAGAAUUUGCUGUUUGUUUUUGAAUUUGUGAUGCUUUUUAUGGCUACAUCUUUCACGGAUUUGUUGGGAUAUUCUUAUUUGUUCCUCUUGUGGCCCUACGAGGAAACUCCCUUUGUGGCUGUCAGAUAAUUGUCUUAACCACUAACAAGAAGUCCCAAAAAUUUACAAUGCAUGCUUCCACAGCCUAAAUUCCUCUAGUUGCAAAUCGAGCUUCAAAUUUCACCCACAUUUUGUCAGAUGUAUGCAUUAUCAGAUUACAAGUGUGAGUAGUAAUAAAUGAUAAGGAAUAAGACACAUGUCCUGCACCUUCCUUUAAAACAUGUAAAUAUAUAUUCAAUAUCAUGUUAAUUAAACUUUUCUUAUUUUUAUACUCGAGAAGGCGGUAUUAGUUGUAUUUGUAUAUUGAUGAACCUUUUCCUAGAAACAUCUUUCUAGAUUAUGUCUAUUUAUUUUAUUUUUCUUUGUUAAAUCUAGAAGAGACACAUCACACAUUGAAAAGGGACUCAUAAUUUUCAAGUUAGACUUCCUUUAGUAUUGACCACAAAUCAAUCAUUUAAUUAUAAGCGGGUCCCUUCAAUGAGGUCUACAAAAAAAUUCAAAUAUUUUAUUUUUGUCUACAAAUUCAUCAUGUCUUUUAAUAUUUUUAUUAAUAUCAUUCUUCUAAUUUCCCAAUUAAAAUAAUAAAACUAAUUUAAUAUAAUAAUUAAGGACUUACGCAUUACCUCCAACAUCAAGAAAUAUAAACAAAUCUGACGGUUUAUAAAAUUCCACGUUUUAGUCAUGAAUGUCCCCAUCAAGAUCUAACGCCCGUUAACCUCGAAUCUGUAAAACCUACUGUAUGAUCAUUUUACAUACGCCUGCUCCACAUCGGGUUCCGGUUUUGCUCCAAACUUACAGCUUCGGAAAUCCAAACCUAUGAACAGUCCAGAUCAAAACCGCAACAUUAAGCGGUCUAGAUUAAAUCUAAUUUGUAGACCAUCUAUUUAGCCUCAAAAGGAAUUGGAGUUUAAAAAAGUAGAACAGAAUAGCACAAGUAGAAGUAGAACACUGUAAUUUCCGUUUCUCGAGUUUCCUUUUCGAUCUUCAAACUCUUAGUUAGGCUUAUAGAAAUACUGUGGGAAAAUAAUGUCUGAUCACGAAGACAAGCACGAGGAAUCGUUGUUGGAGAAGAUAUCAGAGAAGAACAAAGGCCAUGAUUUAUCUUCCUCCUCCUCGGAUUCCGAUGACGACAAGCCAUCAGAAUCCUCCAUGAAGGCCAAAGUCUUUCGUCUGUUUGGAAGAGAAAGGCCCGUUCACGACGUUUUCGGUGGAGGCAAACAGGCUGAUAUUUUCCUGUGGAGGAACAAAAAGAUUUCGGCAGGAACACUAGGUGUUGCAACUGUGAUAUGGGUUUUGUUUGAAUUGCUCGAAUACCACCUUCUCACACUAGUCUGUCACUUGUUGAUACUUGCUCUUGCAUUACUCUUCUUGUGGUCAAAUGCUGCUACUUUCAUCCACAAGUCUCCACCUCGCAUCCCUGAAGUUCAAAUACCCAAGGACCCAGUUUUAGAGUUUGCCCAAGCGCUUAGGUUUGAGAUUAACAGGGGUUUCGCCGUCCUGCGGGAUAUUGCAUCAGGAAGAGAUCUUAAGAAGUUCCUCUCUGUGAUCGUUGGCUUGUGGGUCUCGUCUAUUGUGGGAAGUUGGUGCAACUUCUUGACACUGUUCUACAUAGUAUUCGUACUACUGCACACCGUGCCUGUUCUGUAUGAGAAGUAUGAAGACAAGGUGGACCCAUUGGCCGAGAAAGCAUGGCAUGAGAUCAAGAAGCAGUAUGCAGUGUUUGAUGCAAAAGUACUGAGUAAGAUUCCCAAGAGACCAUUGAAGGAGAAGAAGAAAGAUUAGAUUACUGGUGAAGAUGUUGGUGUUGCUAGGUCCUGACAUACAUCUGCUAGCUGUGUUUGUGAAGGUAGUAAUAUUGUAUCCAGUAUUAGCUAGAGGCCUGCUUUCAUACCUUUAUUUUCAUAGUCACUGUUCAUAAUUUGAUGAAUAUGUGAUCUCUUUUUAGAUCUUGUUUUUACUACAUACAUUGUGGCCUUUUAUGGGUCCAUAUGUUAUGUAGCAAUAUGUUAUUAUAUUGCAUGUUGUGAAGUAGUGUAUUGUACAUUGGGUUGAAGGUUCUCUCAAAUUAUUCUGGAUACCUUUCUGAAUGA